AUGUCCGUUUUCGCAUUCACCUUCGGCUCGUUUGGAGACAUACUCUCAAUAGUGCAGCUGGGUUAUAAAGUCCGUACUCUCCUCAGCGAAAGCAAGGGCGCCACAGAGGAGUAUCAGCAGUUGCUGUCCGAGCUCGACACGUCUCUACGCACUCUUCAUCUCGUCCAUGGUGCCCUUUUUGCCAAAGAUGCAGCAUCGCUCCCUCCUGAUGUCGUGAAGGCAAUCCGACAGUCUGUCAGCAACUCCUGGAUCAUCAUAUUUGAUAUAUACUCCAAGAUAGCACGUUUCCGUGAUAAGCUGAAGAAGGGAGGUUCGGGAAGCAUGAUGCGGGCUUCGUGGCAGAAGAUCGGUUGGGGCCUCUUCAAACAAGACGAGCUCGUUGAAUCACGGAGAAGACUGUCAGAGCAGAGCAGCGUUAUUAAAACUUUAUUGGGUCUUUCGAGCUCCAUCAUCGUUACUCGCGUUGAGAACCAGGUUCUCGCAUCGCAUGCGGAGAUCCUUGAGAUCAGCCGAUGUGUCAAAGGAAUUCCUAAAGUGCUUGGAUAUUCGUGGGAAGGAGGUUUAAACCCUGAGAGUCGACCCAUAUCCUUGUUAGACAUGCUUGGGCAGAGCAUUCGUCUCCCUCUCGAACUGUGCCGAACAUGGAGCGAUUUUGAUGCGUUUCUCAGGUUUUAUUUUCGACAGCGAGCUGGCCGGCAGCUUGUUGAGCGAGGCGACUAUGAUCUUUCUUCUCAGACUGACGAUACGCUCAUUCCACCAGCGGAAUGGACCAUUCUGCCUGGAUCAGCCAUCAACAUGAAUGGCCUCAUCCGGCGCCGGCUACUGUCUCAAGCGACGGAGAAGACUGCAAUUUGCCCUUCUUGCAACCAGAGAGACUCUCGGGACGGUGCCACGGGCAUAACAUGCGCUUAUUGUCGUACCUGGUUCAUCACUUCAAACGCUCGUAUCGAAGAGAUCAAACCCACGAAAACUAGUUUUAGCGAACGGAGUGAAAAUUCCAAUAGCGACUCUCUUCAAGAGAAUCGUGGUGAAGGGCGAGGUGACCCCCGUGACGAAGAUUACACUCGAUUUCUACGUCGCAUCAGGGUGUUGAACAAAGAUCUCGGUUAUGGCAUUGUAGAGGUUGCGUUCGAAGAUAAUGAAUACCUCAAUGACGGCCCUGAGGGUUUCCAGAUACCGAACCGAUCGUAUUUUCUCACCCGUGUAGGACUAGACGGAAUUGCCUACUCGGCGAUCCUGGGAACACUCAGCUCUGCACGGACACUUCGUGCUCACUAUGCUCCAUCAGUGGGUCGCGGACUGUAUGCGACCACGACAUCUUUCAAAUCCGAGAUCUACAGCAAAAACGCUGGCGCUGCAGUCGCCUCGCACUACAAAGCCAUGCUUCUCGUCUUCAGUCAAGUAUACAAGACCGCUACAUCGCCUCCUCACCGGUAUGAUUCGGCUGAUACUGCGUCAUUGGACGUUAUCUCUCACAAUCUUCGAUGUGCGCUUGAUGAAGUACGGAAGAUAUAUCCCAGGGUCUCCGGCGGCAUGCGGCUUCCCACUGAACACGAGGAGUCUCUGCUGAGCACUAUAAUGAUCCUAGCCCAUGCCGUGAUCAAAUUUGAGGCCUGUAACGGGGCAAGCCCGGAAAUUCACCAAAAACUAUUUCCCAUUGCCAAGGAAACCUUCGAUUAUCUGAGCGAGGCGAAAUCCGAGUGCGACUAUGAGGAAUACAACAGACUCAAUCCCGUUCAAUUAUUCGCGCCUGGACCCGUGUUCAGUGAAGCGGUCACAAAGGAGCUAGAGGCAUACCGAUAUUUUACAGACAGAUGCAUGAUUUGA